AUGUCAACAACAAAGCGCCGGAGAACAAAUGUCUAUGAAAACAACAAUAAAAAAAGAUGUGCUGGUUGGUCACAUACUAUAGGAUUUCAUGAACGUAUAAUUAUGGAAUGUCAAGAAAAAUUAAAAAGAAUUUAUAAUAAUCAAGAUGACAGAAUUCGUCAGUUAUUUCAUUUAGAAAAUUAUACAACACUUCUUGAUUAUGAUCCUCAAGUUGCUAAACAUGAUAAAAGCAACGAAUUUAUACAGUUUUACAAACAAUAUGAUCUUAUGUCUAUUGUUGAAAAAAAUAAAAUAGAUUGUCCUGUUUUAUUUACAGGGAAUUCAAUUAAUACACACUUAAAACACACAGAACUUGUAGAUAACCAUUCUUCUCCUGUAUCCAACAUUUAUUCAAAGCUUAAUAAGUACAAUGGCGAAGAUUCAGAAAGCUUGAAAGAAGGAUCAUCAAGGAGUGAUUUAUCAAUGGAUUCUAAAAGUGAAAUAAUUUUAGAUUCUAUAGAUAUAGAGGACCCUUGUUAUCAUCGACCAACUCUUAAAAUUAAAAUCAAAGUACCUUCUCCUAUCAUUACACAUCCAUUCCAUGUUUUAUUAGUAAAAAAAUACGAUUCUCUUGCGGAUUAUAUGUCAUCGUUUUUGAUUCUUAAUAACGAAGAAAUUCCUAUUGAUAAAGCUCCUAUAUUGGCUAAGCUAGAAGCAGAGCUUCUUAAUAAAAUCGAAUCAGCAAAAUUAAAUGGAUCCUUGUCUAAAUUACCAUCUUUGAUCAUUAAAAAAUCAAUCGAGCCAAUUCGUACAUCUGAUCAUUUAGAUCAUCUUAUUUCUCAUGCUAUUAAUUUUUCUAAACUUGUUGCUAAUGAAAGAAGGACUAGUAUGUCUAGAGCUAAAAAAAUAUCUGGAAUGAUAAUAUCGUACUUUAAAAAACUUUCAGGUGCAGAUGAAAAAGAAAAGAAAGAAGCUGAAAAAAGAAUACGACAAUUAGCUAAAAAGACAUCGUUAGAAAUUAAGAAAAAAUGGAAAUUUAUAGAAAAGGAAGUUCGAAGAAGAAGGAAUGAAAAAUUACAAGAAGAACAAAGGGAAGUAGGAAAACUUCAUUUAAAUAAAAUUUUAGAACAUUCUGCUCAACUUCUUGAAGCUCAAAAAGAUGGUAUUAAACAAAUUCCUGAUUUCAAAAAAUUAAAAACAAAAAACAUUGAAAUAAAAAAUUCCAAUAUAAAUGGUUAUAAAUAUAAUAAAAAUGGGAUGGAUUAUAGUAGCGAAAAAGAUUAUUCUAUUGUUUCUAAUCAAUUGGAAGAUUAUUCAUAUAAUUCUAUAAAUAAUGAUUUUGAUGAAACUCAUACAGAUUCAGAUACAGGAUCAUUAGAUAUGGAUGAAGAUACAAUAUCUCCUACAAAAAAUAUUCAAGAUAAAAGUGAUGAAAUUUCUAGCGAAAAAGAUUUUAAUAAAAGUCAAGAAGUAGGUGAAAGUAGUGAAACAGAUGGUACUAUAGAUUCAGAAUAUGAUGAGGAUAGCGAAUAUGACAGUAGUGAAGAUGAUGGACCUGGUCUAGCUUUUCUUUAUAGAGAUGAAAAAAUUCAAACAAAUAUUCCUUCUAGCUCAAUGGAUAGUGAAGAAUCUUAUGUUGAUAAUUUAGUUAAUAGUGAAAACUCAGAUAUUGAAAAAUAUGAUGAUAAUCAAGAAAAAUUAAAUGAUCAAGUUGAAACAGAAGUAACAGAUUUACAUAUAGAAAAUAAAAACAAAUUAGAUAAUGAAGCUAUUUCUAAUGAUAAAACAUCUCAACGUAGUAUUCUUAUUCCGUUUUUACUUCGUGGAACGCUUCGUGAAUAUCAAUAUUCAGGACUAGAAUGGCUAGUUGGACUUUAUUCAAAUUCAGUUAAUGGAAUUUUAGCAGAUGAAAUGGGAUUAGGAAAAACUAUUCAAACUAUUGCAUUAUUAUCUUAUUUGGCUUGUGAAAAAGGUAUUUGGGGUCCACAUCUCAUAGUAGUACCAACAAGUGUUAUAUUGAAUUGGGAAAUGGAAUUUAGUAAAUUUGCACCUGGAUUCAAGAUUUUGACAUAUUAUGGUAAUUUAAAUCAGCGUAAAAAUAAAAGAAAAGGAUGGUAUAAACCAGAUACAUUUCAUGUAUGCAUUACAUCAUAUCAGCUUGUUAUUCAUGAUCAACAGCCUUUUCGUAGAAAAAAGUGGCAUUAUUUAAUAUUAGAUGAAGCUCAUAAUAUUAAAAAUUUUCGUUCUCAAAGAUGGAAAGUGUUAUUAAAUUUUAAUACAGAAAGAAGACUCUUAUUAACAGGUACUCCCUUACAAAAUAAUCUUAUUGAGUUAUGGUCUCUUUUAUACUUUUUAAUGCCACAUGGACUGUCAGAAUCAAUGCCUAUUGAUUUUGCUAAUUUAAAAGAUUUCCAGGAAUGGUUUUCAAAACCAAUUGACAAAAUGAUUGAGAAUAAUAGUAAAGUUGUCGAUAGUGAUGUUCAGAAUCAAGUAUCCAAGCUUCAUCAGCUUCUACGGCCAUAUCUUUUACGCCGAUUAAAAGCAGACGUUGAAAAACAAAUGCCUAAAAAAUAUGAACAUAUAAUUUAUUGUCGUUUAUCUAAACGGCAACGUUAUCUUUAUGAUGAUUUUAUGUCAAGAGCAAAAACAAAAGAAACUUUAGCAUCAGGAAAUUUUCUUAGUAUUAUUAAUUGUUUAAUGCAAUUAAGAAAAGUAUGCAAUCAUCCUGAUCUAUUUGAAAUUCGUCCUAUUGUUACAUCGUUUUCUAUGUCACGCUCAGUUGUUGCUGAUUUUGAAAUUAAAAAUUUUCUUAUUUUAAAGCAUUUAAAUAAGAAUCAAUUUUACAAUCUAAACCUGGACUUUUUAAAUCUUAUUAUUGUUAAAAAUGAAAAUAAAUCACGUAUAAUGAUGGAUGAGGUACAACUGCUUUGCGCAAAUAAUGAAAUAUCAAAAGACAUAGAAUUUUUAGAAUCUACUAUUGACUAUUCAAUUUCAGAAAAUUAUAAUAAUUUCAAAGAAUACAAAAAUUAUACUAUUCAAAGAACAAGAAUUUCAAAACUCCAAAAAAUUAAGCAUUAUAGCUACCUUAAUUAUAUGCGAUGUCAGUCAUAUCCAAUAUAUGGAAUUGGUUUGAUUAAGUUUUGUUCUAUUUCAACUACUAAAAUAUCAACUAUGAAAAAAAAAAUUAAACCUAAAGAUAUUAUGAAUCUUUUUUGGAAGACUAAUACGUUUUUAUCAGAUGCCAUACUCGAUCUUGAACGAAGGAUAAAUUCUAUGGAAACAUUAUUACAAAAAUAUUCAUGCGUUACUCCUACAGUUGUUGCUACUGAUUUAAAUUCAUUCUUAUUUUCCAAAAUUCAACAAUCUCAGUUAAAUUUACUUCAACAAACAUAUACGAAUAUUCUUCAUCCAAUGCAAGUUAGACUAUCUAUUGCGUUUCCUGACAAAAGGCUUCUUCAAUACGAUUGUGGGAAAUUGCAAAGACUUGUUGUCCUUCUUCGUGAACUUCAAGCAGGAAAUCAUAGAGCACUUAUUUUUACACAAAUGACACGCGUAUUAGAUAUUUUAGAGCAAUUUUUGAAUAUUCAUGGUUAUAAAUAUUUAAGAUUAGACGGUGCUACUAAGAUUGAACAGCGUCAAAUUUUAACAGAAAGAUUUAAUAAUGAUCCUCGAAUAUUUGUUUUUAUUUUAAGCACAAGAAGCGGUGGUUUAGGUAUUAAUUUAACAGGUGCAGAUACUGUAAUUUUUUAUGAUUCUGAUUGGAACCCAUCUAUGGAUAAACAAUGUCAAGACAGAUGUCAUCGUAUUGGGCAGACACAAGAUGUACAUAUCUAUCGUUUCGUUUCUGAAUAUACAAUUGAAGAAAACAUGUUAUUAAAAGCAAAUCAAAAACGAAUGCUAAAUAAUGUUGUUAUUGGAGAAGGAUAUUUUACCACUGACCAUUUGAGCAAAAUUAAUUGGCGUGAUCUUAUUGAUGCAAAUAUUAAGUCAGACGACACUUCACUCAGCGAAAAAAAAUUAGAAUCUAUGUUAAUGGCAGCAGAAGAAGAAAAUGAUGCUGCUGCUGCAAGAGUUGCAAAAAAUGAAAUGGAUAUUGAUGCUAUUGACUUUGCUGAACGCUCUGUAACAAUUUCCGACUAUAAUUCUAUUGAAAAUAAAUCAGAAAUUAUACAAAAUCAAGAUCUUAUUGACACAAGCCAGAACCAACAUAUAUUACCACAUGAAAAUACAACGCAGCAUUAUAAUUAUUCAUUACCUGAACCACCUGAACCUAGACAUAUUGACGAAUACAUGCUAGACUUUUUGACUAAUGAAGGAUGCCCUGAUGAAUGGUAA